AUGGUCGCCGCACGUACCCUGCUCCUCGCACUCGCGUGCCUCGCCGUCGCCGCCGCCGCCCCCGGCCCGCGCGUACGCCGCCAGCUCGCCGAUGACGACGCGCUGCAGCCCAUCGACGACGCCGCCGGCGACGAGCAGACGCGGGACAAGCGCAAGUUCGAGGGCAUCACGCAGGCCAAGUACGGCGUCAAGAAUGCCAUCCUCGGCUUCGUCUUCGGGAAAAUUAACUCGCUGAUCGAUUCCAAGACUCGGUUCAUCGACGACCUGGACCGGAAGAACAUCGAGCUGAACAAGCAGUACGGUAUCGAGCCGCCCGCGGCCGGCGGCCUGAGCUCGCUCACCAGCGUCAUCGGUCAGGUCAUCGGGCCCAAGCUGCAGCUCAUCGGGCCCAAGAUCCAGCCCGUGCUCGGCCUCAUCGGCGGCGCGUCCGGCGGUAGCUCCGGCGCCGGCGGCUCAGGUGGGGGCUCCGGCCUCGGCUCCAUCCUGUCGCUGGUCACCUCGCUCUCCGGCGGCAGCUCCGGCGGCGGUGGCGGUGGCGGCGGCGGCGCGGUCGCCACCGUCGACUCCUCCGAGGAGGAUGACUCGUGAGCCCCGCCCUCUCCGCCCCCGCCGCCCCGUCGCGCCGCCCGCGCCCGCCCAGUGACUAACUAACUGUACAGUGUGUGUUCCGCCCGGCCGCCCCGGCAGCCCGCGAGCGACGCCGCGCGGCCGCCUUGUAUUUAUAAUGUAAAUAGCUGUAGGUGAGUGGUGUUAUAUUAAAUAUUGUACGUUGUA